AUAAAGAAAUUAGGAAAGUGGAAAUUAAUGGGUUCUAAAGAAAAAGCUUCAAUUCCAAUGGCAGGACGAGAUAAGUACAGGUCUUUCUUGUAUGAUGAAGCUGAGACCACUGAGUGGAGACAUGGCGGUCCACCAACCUAUGAUUCUGUGAAUCAGCUCUUUGAAGAAGGCCGAACUAGGGAAUGGCCAAAAGGUUCACUUGAAGAAAUAGUUCGGAAUGCUAUCAAAUCAUGGGAAAUGGAGCUUUCACACAAGAUUCGCUUACUGGACUUCAAGACUAUAAACCUUCAGAAAUUCAAGCUUAUUGUUAAUGGAGGAGAGGGGUUAUCAGCAGAAGAGACGCUUAGGAUUGGGAGCUACAAUGCUCUGUUGAAGAAUUCAUUGCCAAAGGAGUUUCAGUACUACAAAGCAGAAGAUGAAAGCUUUGAAUCAUCUCAUGAAGAAUUUAGAUCUACUUUUCCUCGUGGGUUUGCAUGGGAAGUGCUGAGUGUGUAUUGAGGACCUCCUGUGAUUGAUUCGGCCUACUUAUCGUGUAUAAGUACCUAUCAUUGUCAUGUGGCAUGAGACUCACCAUUCCAACUUCUUAAUAUCUCAUAUUAAUACUUUAGGAACAAACAAGAUU